AUGACACACAAGCACAGCCAGGACCUCGACUCACAGCUCCUGCAGGUCCUUGACGGUGUGGCCGAGUAUCAGCAGCUGCAGCAGUCGGCUGGCGUGACGCUGCGCAAGGCCUGGUUCGAUCUGGCCCAGGCCCGGCGGUCUGCCGGCUACCGGUGGAUCUCGCCCGACCAGUACAGCGGCAACAUGCGGGCCACUGCCACAGUAGAUCCCGAGACCAUGCAGAUAGUCCGCGGCGUGCCAGUUCCAGAGGAGAGUGAGGCAGAGUCGGAGUCUGAAACCAGCAAGCCAAAAAGCAAGAGCAGCAAGUACACGGACCCGCUGCACUGGUUCGGCAUGCUGGUCCCGCCCUCCCUGCGCGACUCGCAGAGGGGCUUCCAGCUUUCGCUCGACAAGCUUGUGGAGCUGGCACAGCUCCAGCGUCACGUGAUGGAGGGCCAGCGCAGGCUGGCUUCGGCGCAAAAUUAA